UCUCUACCUAGUUCCGUUAUCCGUGUAAAAUGGGGGAUACCAGUCAGUGCUUGGGCGAGCUCUUUCUAGCUCCCAAAAGCUCGAGGAUUUAUUGCUUUUGCGCGCUCUAGCUAGGGCGUGGCGAAUUCGUGCCGGGGCGCUGGAAGAAUCGCGACGCGGCCGCAUUGGCGGAGGCCUCCAUUCUUCCCAGGUCACUUCGAUCGCUUGCCGCUCAUAUUCUAGGCCUAGGGUUUUGGCGUUCUUGAUUCCUCGAGCUCCAGCGCCGCGACAGAAGAUCUGUGCGGCGGCGGCGGCGGCCUGGAAUCUUUCCCGGAUGAGGAAUUUCGGGGAACAGGAACAGGAGGAGCGGCGCUCUUUCCACGACAAGCGGAGCUGCCUUGCUUUUGGCUGACAGCAAGAUCUCGGAUCCAAGCCCCAAGAUUCCUGCGGCAUUGCGGCAAGAACAUCGCCAGAAUCCAUCCAAGAUUAUCGGCGCUCCCGCGACGAUGCUGAGAAUGCCGGAUGGAUUCCCCUCUUGCUUCGGCGAAUACGGCGUCCAGGUCGCGGACAUGUCCAUGGGCGCCAGGAUGACGCAAAAUCUGGUGACUUGCGUCUAUCAGACCAAGCUCUGGGGCCACUGCCGCUUGAUCACGGUGACAUGGUGCAAGAAUCUCAUGGGGCAGGGACUGAGCGUCAAUGUGGACGACCCAGCGUGCCACUACACUUGCAAGGUAGACAUGAAGCCGUGGUUCUUCUGGAAGAAGCAGGGAUCCAAGGCUAUGGAGGUGGAUGGGCAGAAAGUGGAGGUCUUUUGGGACCUCUCCUCGGCCAAGUAUCUCUGCGGGCCGGAGCCGCAAGAUGGUUUCUACCUCGCCAUCGUUUCCGAUGGAGAGGUGGCAUUGCUGCUGGGCGAUAUGGUGAGGGAGGCUUACAAGAAGACGCAGGCGAGGCCACCGACGAUCGAGGCUAUGCUUCUCUCGCGGCGGGAGCACGUCUUUGGGAAGCGGUACUACACCACCAAGGCGCAGUUUGGCGAGAGUGGAAGAACUCACGACAUUAUGAUCGAGUGCCACACGAAUGGAGCUCGGGAGCCGCGGCUUUACGUGAGGGUGGACAGGCAGCUGGUGAUCCAGGUGAAGAAGCUUAUGUGGAAGUUUAGGGGGAACCAGACCAUCCUCGUCGACGGCUUGCCGGUGGAGGUGUUUUGGGACGUGCACAAUUGGCUCUUCAAUCCCUCGCUGGGGAAUGCCGUGUUUAUGUUCCAGACGUGCGUCUCGUCCGAGAGGCCGUGGAUGAAAGACGCCAUGGCUUGCUCGUCGAGCUUGCGAGUCCAGCCGGGAACAGGAGCAGCAGCCCAGGAUGCUGCUACUGCUGCUUCACACGUCUCGGCGGCUGGUUUUUCGUUGCUUCUCUACGCUUGGAAGAGCGAAUAGUUCCACACGAAGUUUUGUAAAUACUGUGGAGUGGGACGGGAGGAGGACACGAAGGGUGGUCCCUUUAUUCAUUCGACACGGCUUCUUCAGGUUAAUCUCUUGUUAAGUUCUCAUCUUCUUUUCUCCUUUGGUUUUCACUCUUCUUCCCAGACCUUCUAGAUAAGAUCGAGACGAAGGCGAUUCAUGACAAUAAGUUUGAGUGGGGUUGAAGGUCCUCUGCUUGGGUAAGCCGUGUGUGUUUCCCAAGGGGCCUCCGAAAUUUAGCAGUACAGUGGCCUUUUUUUCCUGGCCUCUAGAGGUUCUACCUCCUCUAGAUUGGGAAGAAGUACUAAACUAUGUCACUUGCUACGAAACUCUUUUUUUUGUUUCCAAACGGCGAAAGCAAUCACCAAAUGUUUACUUUGAAAUGAUUGGUGUAUAGGCGAGAUUUUUCUAUGUUUCUUAGUCCGUAGCUCGUUAAUGUUUGAUGAUCUGUGCAGAUCUUCUGGAAGUAAUAAUUCUUUGACAACAAGAGAAUUCAAAAGCUUUGAAGCUUGAGGAUGGAUGAGCACCGCCUUGCUGUCGCUGUGAAGACAAGGCUUGCAGCGGCUCCGAAGGUGCAGCAUGAAUGCAAGCUACUGAGCUUUUGACAGGGACAGGUUCUAAUAGUUUGUGAUUUCUUUGUUUUCUGCCUCUCUUUUUUCUGCUUUGGUUGUUACUUCCCUCUCAUAGGGAGGGAGAUGUUUGGCAGCGUUGGUGUGUUUUUGUUGGAGGAUGGCUCGCCAGUAGUGCUGUAUGGAAUUUUUACUGAUGGUGGUGGUGUCUGAUUGUUUCAUAGGGGAGCAAGAACGUCUUUCUCGACGAAUUGACGGGGAAGUAUAACGCCAGUGUACUACUGAUGAUACGUCGAACUAUUUUUCCGUUCAGAAGUCGCGACGCUAGAACAUCUUCAGCGGUUUGAGUAAGGCCGAAAACUCUUUCGUCUGCGCUGCAUUUGUUGCGCUCUUGGUAGUGGCUUUAUCUUACUCUUAGCAUCACUUGUUUUUCCUCUUUCUGACUAAUACGCUGUUGUUGGUGCAGGCAGCGUCGUUGUCACUCACACCUAUUCGCUCAGGCGCAUUGCACGAGUCCUCUCUGCAACAUCUUACCUAGAUUAAGCUUGUGAGUGAGACAAGGGUGGUUUGUUCAAGUUGGGUGUGAAAAGCGGCAGCAUUGAAGGAGCCCACUGUCUUUAGUCAUGUGCAGCAGCAAGUUAAGCUUGUUACUUUCUGUGUACCUUCGUUGAUCUCUCCACAUGUAGGCUUUUCCAGCGAGACUUUUUUUUUAUUUCCCUUUCGACGACUUUGCGCUCACCAAGAUCCUCAACUUCAACUCGGCUAUCUGAAAGAAUGGUCGGCAAUGGAUACUUGUCCGAGUACGGCACGGAGCUCAAUAGCCGCCCGAUUGUAGCUCUGGCGGGCCGAACAGGGCGACUAAACUGAUGGUGGUCGGCAGUUUAUAAGCUCCAUACAGUUGGUCUCAGUUCUUCGAGCGAGGAGAUGUUCAAGCUGGGAUGCUUCUCCAGAAUCAAGACGUCCGACUCGCAGCCGUGCAGCAUGGAUUUGCAGCGAGUGACUUGGAUUUGCAACCAGACACCGGCGACGGUGGUUUUCCGGGACCGAUACAGGGAUCAGCUUGGCAGGCUCAGGCUCUCGGUGGCCCCUUUCUCGGACAAGUUUGUCCCGGUGGACAUGGCUGGGACGGAUACGUACUACGAGAUGAGAGUCGUGGUAGUGAGUGAUGGAGAUGGAGCAGCAAACAAUCUGGAGGGGCGGAGCUUGAGCUCGAGCGGCGCCGCUGCUCUGAGCGUGGACUCGGACGAUUUGCUCGUGUAUAAGAAGAUCACGGUGGCUCGCGAGGGGGACAGAGUUUUGGUGAAGAAGGAAGGGCGGCGCCAGGCAAUCUCGUGAGUUUUCUAGCUGCUUCUUCUAUAUUUUUGUUUGAUCGACCAACACGAUGCGAUCGUGUAGGUAGUGCCGCGAAGUAAGUGAAGAGAGUUUUUUUUUGGGCGAUCGAAAGAGAUGGAAAGAACUUUCCCCCUCCGUGUUGAAGGGGUCAACUCACAUUUUCAAAGUGUGGAAUAUUCUAGAGGAUAUUAUUGUGA